CUUGGAGACCUUCCCCAUUUAGACCUACGCCUCAUAGAAUAUGCAAUCGGCCAAGAUCCCCACGAAACUUCUCAUCCUCUCGGAUACGCACGCAGACCCCGAGAUCGUCCCGUCGUCCUUCGUCUCACAGGAACCAGUCGACGUGGUCAUUCACUGCGGAGAUUUGACAGACGGGUCGAAACUCGAGGAAUAUCGCACUACGCUGUCUCUGCUCGCCCAGAUAGAUGCUCCUCUGAAACUCAUCAUACCCGGCAACCAUGACUUUACACUCGACGAUGGCGCCUUCAGAAAGAUAAGAACAGAAUCUCUGCGGCUCAACGACGGACGCCUAGAUGAAAAAUCCCUAGACGACGCCUACGGGCGAGUAGGACAGGCUAAGGAAAUGUUGGUGGGCGAUGGAAUCAGGCUACUGCUCGAAGAGGGCAUCUACACGUUCACCCUGGGCAAUGGAGCAAGACUCACCGUUUUUGCUAGUCCCUUCACCCCUUCGAAAAGCAACAGCAACUGGGGGUUCCAAUACCAUCCAGACCAAGGGCACGACUGGUCCGGGAUAUGCUCCAACCAACAUGAAGGAAUUAUCGACGUUGCCAUUACCCAUGGCCCACCGCAAGGAAUACUCGACAGAGCGUCCGGCCAGCGCCUGGGUUGCCCUCAGCUGUUUUCCUCCAUCGCGCGGGCGCGGCCACGCGUCCACUGUUUCGGCCAUAUCCACGAAUCCUGGGGCGCAAAGCACGUGGUUUGGAAGGAUCAGGGGGAGUCCCCUGGGACGGACGAUUUGAACCACUACACAUGCAUCGACAACGACAAGUCACAGGUCAUCGAGUCGAUUGCGACCCUGAGGCCAACAAAGUUUGACGACGAGGACGCCAUCCGGGCCAAGGGGGAAAGAGAGCAGGCAUACCGUGUCAAGAGGGCCGUGAGAGCAACGCAAGGACAUGGAUCAGAAUCCGGGUCGUCGAGCAGCACACUGUUUGUCAAUGCCGCAGUGCAAGGGCCAGGCGAUGGGUCGUUCCAAUUACCUUGGAUAGUGACUGUUGAUUUAGAUAGAAAAUCUGGUCAAUUAUGAAAAUUGCGCAAGC